UUAUCGAUAGAUUAUUAUCGACAUUGACCGCUUAUCUGUCAUUUUAUGUCAACAGCCUUUUCUUACUGACAUUAUUUUUGGUAGGCGUAAAUGUGGAAUUAAAUUUAUGAUAAGUUUAUUAAUAUAAGAUGCUUCUAAUUCUUGAAAAUUUUUAUUAGGAAAUUGCAUUUUUAAAAUGGAAAGUGGAUCGGAGAGUGCUGGUGGAAGCCCUGCUGCAGGAAUUGGCGAUUUAUCAACCAAAUAUCAGAAAAUUGCAACAGAAUUUGCAAAAGCAAGAGCGCAGGUGCAAGUGCUGAAAAAGGCAGUAAAAGAUGAACAAAGAGUAAAGGUAGAAUUGCAAGAAGCAUUGCGGCAGCUGGAACAAAGUUCGAGAAAAUCCGAACAAGAAAUUGACAGUCUGACAUUUCGCAACCAGCAGCUCACUCGUAGGGUUACAGUCCUACAAGAUGAACUAGAAAUGCAGCAAUACAACAAAAAGAAGAAGAAUAAAAGUCAUGAUGAGCAUCAUAAUUCUGAAUUCACAAAUCAUGUAAUCGAUGAAGAAUUUCGUAAGAAAAUUGCUGAGAAUGCAGAACUUCUUUCCACGAUGCAUGAGAAGGAAGAAGCACAUUGCCAGGAAGUUGUAGGUCUGACAGAGCAAGUAGAACGACUUCGCCGUCAACUUGAACAGGCGCAGAAGUCACAUUUCGAAUCAGAAGAAAAAUAUAAGAGCACAAUCGCCAAGUUGGAGAGAGAGAAGGUUGAGCUGAGAGAAGGUCGCGAAGGACUCGAACUGGCCGCAGAGGAGCUGAGUGAGCUGCAGCGCACUCACACCCAAUACAAAACUGAGAUGGACUCCCAGAUCACUUCGGCUCAGACCAUUAUUGCCACGCAUUUACCAUUUGUUGAUUCCAGUAACGCAGAGUUGAAUAGUUUGAAUAUUCCUCGUUUCGUGGAGCGCAAUCGGCAGGCGGUGCCUCGCUCGCUGAUGCAGCACGUUUGCAGCGAACUGGAAGAGGCGUCGGGUGCACUCGCCGAAUUCCAUCGGCACUCUGCACAGCGCUUGGAGUCCCUCUGUCAUCCGCAGGCCAUGAAUCACAAGUUUUUAUCACUAUUGAAAGAGUCCAGUCAGCUAGCAUCCGAGUUGAGGAAAGGACUGAGUGACGUUGGGCCGAGUUUUGGUGAUGAUAAGUUGGAUACUAAAACAGCAUUCCAAAAGAUUCCGAAUCUCCUAGCCAGUUACUGUACACAUUUAGAGACGUUUAUGCCUUUUUUGAGGACGGCGCUGGAGUAUGAGGAAACGCAUCUAUCGGAUGAAAGUUCGAAAGCCUGCAAUGAUCAAGUGGCCCUUGUUACCAGUCAGUUUGUAAGCCAUUGUGUACAGUUGAACUCUCUCGUUACGCUUAUCUCCAAACAAAAAACCCUACAGCAAUCAUACCAAGGCUGGCAAAUGCGACAUGAACAAGAAUUAGUUGAUAUUUUUAAUUCAAUCCAUGAGGACUCGAAAGACUUGUUGAGCUCCUAUGUAUUAAAGUUUGAUAAGGAAUCUAGUAAGAAUAGAAAUGAAAAUUUGAGUUUAACAAACACUUAUAUUACAAGUGCCCUUUCCAGAUUCAUGGACUCUACUGGUAAGAUGUUGAAAAACUUAUAA